CCGACCGGAGCCGCGGAUCCACCGGGUCAAGCGGAGCUGCACUGACGGGACGGAGCACCACCGGGACCACCGGGCCGGUUCGGCUCUGAUCUGGCUCGGAUCUUUUCCUGUGUUUUAUCCGGACGCGGCGGGUUUUCAGGUCCAGAAGGUUCGGAGGAGAUCAGAAGCAGCUGCGUGACUCUGGAUCCUCCAGCGGGAUGAAACAGAGGAACCGGACCAGUGAUUGAUUGAUUGGUUGAUUGAUUGAUUGGCAGCGGGUCAUGGUUCGGUUCUGAUCUCAUCAUGGACCUCCAGCUGCUGCUGCUGCUGCUGCUGAUGAUGAUGAUGGUGAUGAAGAGGAGCGGAGCCGCUGAGAGGCCGCAGACGUCUGGCAGCAGCAGAGAGACGUUCGCUCGCGGAGGAAUUAGACACAAACGCUACGCCAUCAACCCUCUGGGACACAAGUGGAUGCAUCACAACAUCACGUACAGGAUCACCAAGUUCCCCAACACUCUGAACGUGGAGGACACCAGGAAGGCCAUCAGCAUCGCCUUCACCAAGUGGAGCGACGUGUCGCCGCUGACCUUCGCCGAGGUUAUGGAUGCCAACGCCACGGCCGACAUCACCAUCGGUUUCUACACCUUCAACCACACCGACUGCUGGUGGUCUCCUCUCCACCCGUGCUUCGACGGGCUGAACGGCGAGCUGGCUCACGCCUUCCUGCCGCCGCGAGGGGAAAUCCACUUCGACAACCACGAGUUCUGGAUCCUCGGCAAGUCCAGGUUCAGCUGGAAGCAAGGGGUCUGGCUGAACGACCUGGUCCAGGUGGCAGCUCAUGAGAUCGGUCACGCUCUGGGUCUGUGGCACUCCAGAGACCCUCAGGCUCUGAUGCAUCCCAACGCCACCUACACUGGACAGAGGAACAUCGCCCAGGACGACGUCUGGGGCAUCCAGAGGCUCUACGGUUGUUUGGAUAAGAAGAGGGUCUGUGAUCCGUGGGCUCGACUCGGUUUCUGUGAGCGGAGAAGGACCUUCAUGAAGAAGAACUGUCCUCAGCGCUGCGACCUCUGCUAUGAGCCCAUGGAUCCCGUGGCCACACCGACGUCACCUCCGGCCAACGUGAAGAUCAAGAUGGUUCCCCGGGGGAAGGUUGUGGGUUUCCGCUGUGGAACCAAAAACCCUCGCUCACCUCCGAAAGUCAGCUGGUACAAAGACGGCGAGCAGAUCCUCACCUCCAUCCCCGGCUACAUCGUCAUGAAGGACCGAGACCUCCGCAUCGUCGCCAACGAGUUCAACGAGGGUGUUUACACCUGUCGGAUUCAUCGCCGUGGCGACAUCGUGUCCGCCAACUCCUGGGCGAUCCGGCUGAAACCAGAAUCACCGUCCAACAGCUGAGGACGUCUGCAGGGAGACGGACAAACAGCCAAUGAGGUGAUGACAGGAAGGUUUGUGGAACAGUCAGAUCUGUGGAUUAGCAGGAGGUCACAUGGUUCAGGCGGCGCCAGCAACACGUUUGGACCUUUUUCCAGGUUUUGUGAUGUUCGUUCACAGACUUGUGAAACAGCUUCAUUACAGAGCAGACUGUGGUAGCUCUGUGGUCCCAGCAGGGCGUCACAUCACAAACUUAUAAUCCUGUAAAAUAUCGUUUAUUGUUUCCUUUUUGUUCCACCUGAGCUGUUGCUGUGUCCUGGUGGUUCAAGUUUACACCUCUAACUCCUGUUACUGUGGCCAAAAAAACCUACAUACAUCAAAUCUAUAAACAUGUGUUUACGCUCUACAGAUGCAGACCUACACACUUUUGAUGUUGUAGCCUGCACAAACAACAAUUGUUAUGACAGCCAUGACCACUAAAUUUAGCUGGCUACCUUUGGUUUGCUUUAGCUGGCUAACUUUGGCUCGCUAACUUUACCUGGCUAACUUUAAGAACUGACGCUUGCUGACUUUUGUUCA